GACAAAACGUGACCAAACCCCGAACUCUUACUUUCCCAACCGCACCCGCGGUGCUCUACUCGGACGGUGAUCUGCGGGUGUCAACAAGAGCAGUCGAGAAGCUUCGAUACCGACCAGCUGCACGAUGGAGGUUGCUUCAGCCGUCCGCAUUCCCUCGCCGGAGCCUGAGCCAGAGCUCCCAGAGGCACCCCGCAAGCGCGACCGCUCACCACACGAAGCCGGUUCCUCGAAACGCCCGCGAAGGUCGGAGCGCGAUGAUGAGGAACUCGACCGUUCCCGGGACCGUGACCGGGCACGCGACCACGACCACCGCAGAGACCGCGAGAACGGCCACAGGCGGGAACAGAAUGGCGACGAUUCGCGCCAGGACCCCGGCCAGAAUGUGCAAGAAGACGACCCCCGGCUGAAGCUCUUCCAGGGUGCUUUCAGCGCAAGCCGGAAGCUCCCCAUCGACGAUUCGAAGACGCGUGCCGGUGGCGCAUACAUACCUCCUGCGCGCCUACGCGCAAUGCAAGCCGCCAUAACGGACAAGAGCACGCCUGAAUUCCAGCGCAUGGCUUGGGAAGCUCUCAAGAAGUCCAUCCAAGGCAUGAUCAACAAGUGCAAUGUCGCCAACAUCAAGCAGAUUGUGCCGGAAUUGUUUUCGGAAAACCUGAUUCGUGGUCGCGGGCUGUUUUGCAGAGCGAUAAUGAAGGCGCAGGCUGCGAGUUUGCCCUUCACCAACAUAUACGCGGCGAUGGUGGCCAUCGUAAAUACGAAGCUGCCGCAAGUCGGAGAUUUGCUGGUGCGCAGACUCAUAAUGCAAUUCCGGAAGUCAUUUCGGAGGAAUGACAAGGCGGUCGCGGUGUCUAGCUCGAUGUUUCUGGCACACUUGGUGAACACGCAGGUCGUUAACGAAAUUCUCAUCGCCGAGAUCCUCCUGCUACUGCUCAACAAACCGACAGACGACAGCGUUGAGAUCGCAGUGGCAAUUACCAAGGAGGUUGGCCAUUUUCUUGAAGAGAUGAACGCCGCGAUCUCGAACGCCAUAUUCGAUCUGUUCAGGAACAUUCUCCAUGAAGCGGACAUCGACAAGCGGACGCAGUACAUGAUUGAGGUUCUCUUCCAGGUCCGAAAGGACAAAUACAAGGAGAAUCCCGCGGUCAAGGAAGAGUUGGAUUUGGUCGAAGAGGAGGAUCAGCACACCCACCAACACCAUUUGGAGGAUGAAAUCAAGGUCGAAGAUGGUUUGAACAUCUUUAAGUUCGACCCAGAAUAUGAGGAGAAUGAACAACAAUACAAGAAACUAAAGGCCGAGAUCCUUGGUGAAGAGGAGGGAAGCGACGCCGAGUAUACAGACGAAUCUGACGAAGACGACGAAGACGAGGAACAGAAGGCUGAAGACGUGAAGGACCAAACGAAUGCCGACCUUGUGGCUCUGCGACGAACGAUUUAUCUUACUAUCAAGAGCUCCGGUGGUUUCGAAGAAUGUUGCCACAAACUCAUGCGCAUAAAUCUCCCGCACGGCUUCGAGAACGAGCUCACCACGAUGAUCGUCGAAUGUGCCUCCCAGGAACGAACGUACGAGAAGUUCUACGGUCAGAUCGGAGAGCGCUUCUGUAAGGUCAACAGGAUGUGGCGCGACCUCUUCGAAGACGGAUUCGUUCAUUACUAUGACACUAUCCACCGCUUCGAGACGAAUAGGCUCCGCAUCAUAGCCCAAUUCUUUGCACACCUGCUCUCCACUGAGGGCAUUGGCCUCCACGUCUUGAUGGCUGUCAAGCUGAACGAAGAGGACACCACAUCCAGCUCUCGUAUUUUCAUCAAGAUCCUCUUUGAAGAACUCAUGGCCAGCAUGGGACAGAAAACGCUGGUAGAACGCCUCAACGACCCAAUGCUCCAGGAAAGCCUCACAGGCAUCUUUCCCACAGACGACCAAGCCAAGACGCGCUUCGCCAUCAACUUUUUUACCGCCAUCGGCAUGGGCAUCCUCACCGAGUCGAUGCGCGAACACCUCAAGAACAACGCGCCCAAGCCUCAGGCCCUUCCUGAGCCAGAGUCAGACUCGGAAAGCGUCUCGAGCCGCUCAAGCUACUCAAGCUACUCCUCACGUUCGAGGUCGCGUUCGCGUUCGCGCUCGCGCUCCAGGACGCCUCCUCGACGAAGGAAUAGGUCUGUCUCAAGCGAUCGCUCAUACUCGCACAGUAAAUCCCCAGCACCAAGAAAAGUCAAAGCCCGCGGCCGCACGCGCUCCCGUAGCUCCAGCCGUAGCGUGGCAUCCGAUUCUCUGUCCCCGCCGCCCCGCCGGCGACGCUCGUACUCCUCCAGCCGCUCACGGUCGCCUCCUCCCAAGAAGCGCGGAUCCGGACGCUCCCCCACGCGCUCACGCUCCUUCUCACGCUCACCUAGCCCGGUGCGCCGCCGUGGCGCGACCGCAUCCCACUCGCGGUCGCGAAGCCCGGUGCGUCGAUCCCGUCGCGAUACCAGCGUGUCGCGCUCCCCCUCGCCCUCACGCUCACCGUCUCCGCCCCGGCGCAGUGUGCGGCGCGACUCGAGCAGUCCCCCGCCCAGACGCGCGCGGAGGACGAGCAGUCCUCCGCCUAGGAGAGGAGCCAGGAGGUCGGUCUCGCCUCCGCCGAGGAAAAGGGGUGCGAGGAGUCACAGCAGUAGCAUCGAGCGGUCGCCGCCGCCGCCGAGAAGGAGGAGGGACUCGUAAAAUGCUUAGGACGGAGGCAGUGUGUACUCAGGAAUAAGUUGGAAUAUGGUUAAAAGCACUUGUGUGGGGGUAUGUGUGGGAGGGAGAGAGGGAGCAGGUAGGAAGGACAGAUAGCUCUCCCACAAGGGUUGAGGAGCUCAUACGCACCCGUUUGUGUACAGGGUGGCUCUUGAGUAUCUCGUCACUUGCUGUGAUUCGUCGGCGUGGUUAUAGUGAGAUAAGGAAAUCAAAUUUGAGGAGUGGAAUAUGCACACAUUGCUAGCGACGGAGGGUCAGAGUAUAUACAGUUAAUUUCCCCCACGCCCUCAUGUCACCUCCCCCCUCACCUUUCAAAAGAGUCCGCCUCCACCUCGGCCUUUCCCACACCCGCACCCAUCACCGCCUCGUCUGAGGCGGUCCCGCAAUCCACUGCGCCACUUUACAUAUGCCCCUG